CGCCCGUCCGCCCACCCCGUCGCGAGUCGACCUCCGUGAACCAAGGCGGGCGACGCGAGGUUCGAUGUUCCGCAAAGGCGGCGAGUCCACCUCCGUGAACCAAGGCGGGCGACGCAAGGUUCACACGACGUACCCGGACGGCGCGGAGAUGAUCGAGGAGUUCGAUCUGAAGACGGACGAGCUCCUCGUGCGACGCCGGCGCGGGAGGACGACGCUCGGGAAGGACACGCCGUGGGAGUACCUCGUCGGCGAGGCGCCGAGGACGUUCGCCCCGGACACGGGGACGCUGAUCGAGUCGGGCGCGAACCCGUCGUUCACGCGGUCGCAAGACGCGCCCGGGAGCUUCGUGUGGCGCGUGCGAAAUCUGCCGUACCCGAAAGAGACGUACGACGUCCGGUGCGACCACGAGGCGCAGCAGGUCGUGAUCCGGACGUCGAACAAGAAGUACUUCAAGCGGUUCGAGGUCCCGGAGCUGAAGCUGCUCGACAAGAAGCUCGAGGACGCGGCGCUGUCGUGGGACUAUAGGAACUUCACGCUCAUCGUGCAAUAUAAAAAACCGCGCGAAGCCGUCGUGGCGGAGAUCGAAGAGAAGAAGGAUCGCAUGCAGCUCGCGGCGAAGAAGACCCCGGAGGAAGGGGACGUGGAUUGUAAACAACAGUAGGCACACGUAGAGGUGCGCGGGUGGGUGGGGUGGGGGGGGGGUGUUAGCGGCGCUCGGUAACUUAUCAACUAAGGUUAAGAAGACUAUU